CAGUCUUUUUAAUCUACUCUUAGUCUUUUAAAAUGUUAAAAUUUGGAAAAUUAGGAAAAGGAAAAAAAAUAGAAAAAUCAAUUUUCCUUCUCACGUUACCUGAACUAUGGCACAAAGCUUGUUUCUUGGAAUCAAAGGUGUAGAAAAUAGAGUUGAUGGCAGGAUUGGAGUUGACCAAGAAAUGCUACUGCCUUUGCUUGGUUUUCUUGCCUGUGAGUUUAAGUAUAUCAAUGCUUUAAUAUACUUUAUUUGCUUCCAUUAUCAGUUCCGUUUCUUAUCUUGCUUGCUCCUCUCUCAAAGCCCAUUUGAGCUUUCCUUCUGAUACUGCUUGUUUUCGAUGUUUUCUUCAAGAAUUUUUUGUUCAUCUUUCCAUCCAAUUUUCAGGAGCUGUUGAUAAGAUAGAGACACAGAAGUUUUGAGUCCUGAAAUUUGGAAGAGUUCUUUAGCUAAUGGGAGGGAAGAACUCGAAAGGGUCAAGUGGGAGGCAUAUUUCAUCCUCAUCAUGGAAUCAGUACGGAUACCCGCAAGCAACACCAUAUCCAUGCCCAUCUCCUCAACAAAACCAAUAUUACACGCCUCAGCAACAUCAGCCCUCUACUUCUUAUAGUUAUGAAGCAGGAGGGCCUCAGCCACAGAGGAGGUUGGAUAGGAAGUACUCCAGGAUUGCUGAUGAUUACAAAACAUUGGAUCAGGUUACUGCUGCUCUUGCUCAAUCUGGCCUGGAGUCUUCUAAUCUUAUUGUUGGCAUUGAUUUCACAAAAAGCAAUGAGUGGACAGGAGCAAGAUCAUUCAAUCGACGAAGCUUGCAUCACAUUGGCAAUGGACAAAAUCCAUAUGAACAGGCAAUAUCAAUUAUUGGCAGAACUUUAUCUGCAUUCGAUGAGGAUAACUUAAUUCCUUGUUUUGGUUUUGGAGAUGCAUCAACUCAUGAUCAAGAUGUCUUCAGUUUCCAUCAAGACGAAAGAUUCUGUAAUGGAUUUGAGGAAGUGUUGACACGAUACAGAGAAAUUGUUCCCCAACUUAGACUUGCAGGACCGACAUCUUUUGCACCCAUCAUUGACAUGGCCAUUACUAUUGUUGAGCAAAGUGGUGGACAGUACCAUGUUCUGUUGAUAAUUGCUGAUGGGCAGGUAACAAGGAGCGUCGAUACACAACAUGGUCAACUCAGUCCACAGGAGAAAAAGACAAUUGAUGCAAUUGUAAAAGCAAGUGAAUACCCUUUAUCAAUAAUUUUAGUUGGGGUCGGUGAUGGACCUUGGGACAUGAUGAGAGAGUUUGAUGAUAAUAUCCCUGCUCGAGCCUUCGAUAAUUUUCAGUUUGUGAAUUUCACAGAAAUAAUGUCAAAAAAUGUGAAUGAAUCCAGAAAAGAGACAGAGUUUGCUCUUGCAGCAUUGAUGGAAAUACCUGCUCAAUACGGAGCAACCAUUGAGCUUGGCAUAUUGGGUCAACGGUCAGGGAAUGCUCCAGAGAGGGUUCCUCUGCCCCCACCUCUUCAUGGACCAUCUUCUUUCACCAACAGAGGAAAACCUUCACGCUCAAGCAGCUUUCAGCAACGUGUACCUUCAUAUUCUGGAUAUGAUUCAUCAGUACCUUCUUGCUCUGGAUAUGACUCACCAGUUUCUGGAUAUGAUACCUCAGUCAACACGGCUCCAUAUUCAAGUUCUACUUAUGAUAAUCAGGUUUGUCCCAUUUGUCUUACUAAUAGAAAGGACAUGGCAUUCGGUUGUGGGCAUCAGACUUGUUGUGACUGUGGAGAAGACUUGGAAUCAUGCCCCAUUUGUAGAAGCUCAAUACAGACUAGAAUCAGGCUCUAUUAAUCAUCUUCAAUGCACAUCUCUGAGAUUGAAAGCAGAAGCAGUAAAUUUCUGCAUGAGCUUCACCGAGAAGGAAACAGUUUUGGGAUGCGAAGGAGUGUGGCUCAUAUCUUGGUAGAUGUGUGUAUUCCUUCGCGUGAGAGUAAAUGGAAAAUCAAGAUGCAAGGGAAGUAUUUAAUUGUUGACUUGGUAAAUAUUUUCAACAAGAGUUUGAUACUACGAUGUCUUGCUGAAUAUGGUCCUUAUUCUUCUUCAACGCUUCUGUUUCACUGUAUGAUUUUGGCAGAAGCUAGCUGUUGAAAGGCUAUUUAGACUGUCGAUAGGUUUGGUUUUAGAGCAGAUAGAUGAAAAAGGACUUGAGGUCUGCAUUUAUUGUUUCUUUUUAAUUUUUUCUUUCUAGUCGUUGGUGGUAAUGUUAGAUCAACUUGUUUAAUUGUGGGAAUCUACACUAGUUUGGCUAAGGCUUGGAAUUUCAUCGUGAAGCUUGAUGUGAAUUGUAUUGGAUUUGAUGUACACAGGCAAUACUGAAGUCUUAUUACUGAAAGAUACACGCGGUUCUGUAUUGCCUAGGAGAAAUGUAUAUAAAGUGUUUGUUUCAUUAA